CGAGGCUGCGCGAGGCGUAUUGGAUUGGCAAGGAAUGGGCAAAUAGCCAUGCCCGAGGCCCUCGAAGGGGCAAGACCAAGGCGGAGAUUAGGGAGGGGAAGAAGGGGGAUGAAGAGGAAGAAGACGAGGACGAUGAGCCUCCCAAGAAGUAAGUGGAUUGAAAACCAAUACGAGAAAAUGAUGAUUCAACUACAUUGAGCAAAACGCUAGCGUUUUUCGUUAUGGAACGAAGAUGUUGGUUAUUACCAAGACUACGGCAGCGAGCAGCAGUAGCAGCAAGGGGAAGGCCGCGGCCCGCAAGCGCAAGGUCGCUUGCUCGGACAAGGAAGAGGAGGAAGAAGAGGAGCCUCUAGGCGGCGACGACGACGACGACGAUGACGACCCCGAUGUAGAAUAGGCACCACGUGCCUGUCGUUUCCAGAAGGCUUAGUUUUCUUUUUGUCUGGAAGUGC